GAAACUCGCUCUAUGGGCAACAGCCCUAUCGCCAUCUCCGUAAAACACCGAUGCUCGCGCCUCCAGGUGUCUAGUCCCGUUUUGAAGAGCUGCGUAUCUUGUGUGUUGUCGAAUUUUUCCGUGUUUGUGAAGUGUCACGUUGCCCUACAAACGAGGAAUAACACACCAAUUUACCGUCAUCCUCUGACGUCCCCGUCAUGGCCGACUUUGUGGAGAGUGAGGCCGAGGAGUCGGAGGAUGAAGAGGUCAUUGGCAAGCGGAAGGUUGUGGAUGACGACGAGGAAGAGGAGGAGGAGGAAGACGAUGACGAGAGGUUACGGGAGGAGAUGAAAGACCUCAUAAAUGACGAAGAGGAAGAAGUUGAGGAAGACUCAGAUGAAGACGUGGGCAAGAAGAAACGGCGACACGAUGACUUUGACGACAAUUUGGAAGAUGAGGACUACGAUCUCAUUGAAGAAAACUUGGGUGUCAAAGUUCAAAGGAAAAAGAAGUUCAAGCGGGUGAGGAGGAUAGAGGACGAGGAGAGUGACAACGAGGACAGCAAGGACAGCACCAAUCGGGACGCCAUCGCCAACGAGCUCUUCGAAGGAUCGGAUGCUGAGGCAGCCACUCCGGGAGACGAUGUCAGAGGCGAGGGAGAGGAGGAGGAGAGGGAGGCCUCUGGUUCGGAGCUGGAGUCCGAUCCCGACGACUUUAUCGUUGACGACGAUGGUCAACCAAUCACAAAGGGAAAGAAGAAGAGGCACAUCAAGUAUACGGAUUCGGCAUUGCAAGAAGCGCAGGACAUUUUCGGCGUCGACUUUGACUUUGACGAGUUUUCCAAGUAUCAGGACGAAUAUGACGAAGAAAUGGAAGAAGAAGAGUACGAGGACGAGGAGGAAGAGGGCGAGGCGCGUCCGCGUCCCAAGAAGACGGCCCGCAAGCGGCCGACCAAGAAGAGCAUCUUCGAGGUGUACGAGCCCGUGGAGCUGGAGCGGGGCCACUUCACGGACCGGGACAACGAGAUCCGGGCCACGGACAUCCCCGAGCGUUUCCAGCUGCGCGCCGUGCCGGUGACCUCCGCCCCCGAGGACGAGAUCAGCCGGGAGGCGGAGUGGAUCUACAAGCACGCCUUUGGGAACCCCACCGUCUCGGUGCAGACGGCCACCGAGGACGGGAAGGGGGCACCGGCCUCGGAACCGGGCGGACGGCACCAGCCGCCGGCCGGCCGCAAGGGCGUCACGGCCAUCGCCAAGAUCGCCGAGGCCCUCAAGUUCAUGCGGAACCAGCUCUUUGAGGUACCGUUCAUCGCCUUCUACCGGAAGGAAUACGUGGAGCCUGAUCUGAACAUUAAUGACCUGUGGACCGUCUACAAGUGGGAUGAAAAGUGGUGCCAGCUGCAGCAGCGCAAGAAGAACCUGAAGCAGCUGCUGCUGCGCAUGCAGGAGUACCAGUGCGACCAGAUCCUUCAGGAGGACCCCGAAAAGCCUCUGCCGGACAACAUUCGUCCCAUCGACGACAACGACUUUCACAGGCUGAAUGAGGUGCAGACGCCCGAGGAGCUGCGCGACGUGUACCAGCACUUCCUGCUGCACUACUCGCUGGACGUGCCCGAGAUGCAGGAGGCCAACCGCAGGCGCAAGCGCAAGGAGGCCGCCGCCGCCAGGGACGACAACCCCGACAACCCCGCCGAAAAGGAGGCGGCCGAGGAGUCGGACGACGAGGCCCAGAAGCUCAAGCACCCCGUCCGCAAGCGGCUCUUCGACAUCUGCCGGGAAGUGGGCCUCGACGGCCUGGCCAAGAAGUUUGGGCUGACACCCGAGCAGUUUGGAGAGAACCUGCGAGACAACUACCAGCGGCACGAGGUAGACCAGUUCCCCGUCGAGCCCCUGGUCGCAGCCGCCGACUUUGUCAGCAAGCGCUUCCCGACGGCGGAGGAGGCCCUGAAGGGGGCCCGCUACAUGGUGGCAGUCCAGAUCUCGAUGGACCCCCUGGUGAGGAGGUGCAUCCGGGAGACCUUUUUCGAGAGGGCCAAGAUCUGCGUCACCCCGUCCAAGAAGGGACUUAAGGAAAUUGACGAGAACCAUCCGUGCUAUCCCAUCAAGUACCUGCAGAACAAGCCGGUCAGGGACCUGGAGGGGGAGCAGUUCCUGCACAUGUCGCAGGCGGAGGGAGAGGGCCUGCUCAAGACCAGCAUUGUGAUGGACAGCGACUCCCGCUCCCAUCCGGGCUCCUACCUCGACGAGAUCAAGCAGCUCUACUACAGGGACGAGUUCAGCAACAACGUCCAGGAGUGGAACAACCAGCGCUGCGAGGCCCUCAGUUAUGCACUGAGCAAGCUGCUCUACCCGGCCUUUGAGAAGGAGCUCAAGGUGCAGCUGCUCCUCGAAGCUCAGGACGGCAUCGUCAAGGCAUGCUGUCGCAAACUCUACAACUGGCUGAAGGUGGCACCCUACCAGGUGGACCCUCAGAUGGAAGAGGACGAGGACUUUGAUACCCGCGACGGCAUCCGGGUCUUUGCCAUCGCCUACGAGAACGACUGGGAAGUCCCGGCGUUUGGGGCGCUUAUUGACGGCACGGGGGAGGUGAUGGAGCACCUGCGGCUACCACACUUACUCAAGCGCAAGAACUCCUGGAAGGAGAAGGAGAGAGAGCUCAAGGAGCACGACAUGAGGGUGCUGAGAAAGUUCAUCCUCAACAAGAAGCCCCACGUCAUUUGCGUCGGGGCACAGUCGAGAGAGGCCCUACAAAUAGUCGAAGACAUCAAGGCUGUUGUGACGGACCUUGCGGAGAACGAACAGAUGCCCCUGAUCAACGUCGAACUCUUGGACAACGAUCUGGCCAUUGUCUACAUGAACUCCAAGAAAGCAGAGAGCGACUUCCGGGACUACCCGCUGCUGCUGCGGCAGGCCAUCUCCCUGGCGAGGCGCAUGCAGGACCCCCUGGUGGAGUUCUCGCAGCUCUGCACCCCCGACGAGGAGAUCUUCUGCCUCAAGUACCACCCACUACAGGACUCGGUUCCCCGGACGGACUUCACAAAUGGCCUGAACUUGGAGUUUGUGAACCGGACCAACGAGGUUGGGGUGGACAUCAACCUGGCCAUUGCGCACACCCACACCUCUUACCUGGUCCAAUUCCUGUGCGGACUGGGGCCCCGGAAGGGCUACGCACUGCUCAAGACCCUGAAGCAGAGCCACCAGCGCCUGGAGAGCCGUACCCAGCUGGUGACCGUCUGCCACAUGGGGCCCAAGGUGUUCAUCAACUGUGCCGGCUUCAUCAAGAUCGACACCACCUCCUUCGAGAACAGCACCAACGCGUACGUGGAGGUGCUGGACGGUUCCCGGGUGCACCCGGAGGCGUACGAGUGGGCCCGCAAGAUGGCCGUGGACGCACUGGAGUACGACGACGUCACCGAGGACGUCAACCCGGCCGAGGCCCUCGAGGAGAUCCUCGAGAACCCGGAGAAGCUCAGGGACCUGGACCUGGAUGCCUUUGCGGUUGAGCUGGAGCGGCAGGGCUACGGCAACAAGAGCAUCACCCUGUACGACAUCCGGGCAGAGCUGAACCACCGCUACAAGGACCUCAGGACAGCCUUCAGGGCCCCCAACCCAGAGGAGACUUUCAACAUGCUCACCAAGGAGACCCCCCAGACCUUCUACAUCGGCAAGAUGGUGACCUGCCAGGUGGUGGGCAUUGCCCGUCGCAAGCCCCACGGGCAGCAGCUGGACCAGGCCAACCCAAUCCGCAACGACGAGACGGGUCUGUGGCAGUGCCCCUUCUGUCUCAAGAACGACUUCCCCGAGCUCAGCGAGGUGUGGAACCACUUCGACGCGGGCAGCUGCCCCGGCCAGUCGAUGGGAGUGAGGGUGCGCCUCGACAACGGUGUCAACGGCUUCAUCCACAUCAGGUUCAUCAGCGACAAGAAGGUCACCAACCCCGAGGAGAGGGUUCGGCCAGGAAUGAUCCUGCACUGUCGCAUCAUCAAGAUAGACAUAGAGAGGUUUGCAGUGGACCUCACCUGCCGCUCCUCCGACCUGGCAGACGUGAACAACGAGUGGAGGCCGGCCAAGGACCUCUACUACGACAACGAGGCGGAGGACAAGGAGAGGAAGGUGGUGGACGACAGCAUGAAGAAGCAGAACCGACAAACGUACGUCAAGCGGGUGAUUGUGCACCCUUCCUUCCACAACAUCUCGUACAAGGAGGCCGAGAAGCUGCUCAGCACCAUGGACCAGGGAGACGUCAUCAUUCGCCCGAGCAGCAAGGGUGUGGACCACCUGACUGUCACCUGGAAGGUGCACGAGGGAAUCCUCCAGCACAUCGACGUAAAGGAGCAGGGCAAGGAGAACGCCUUCAGCCUCGGCUCAUCGCUUCUCAUCAACAACGAGGAAUUCGAGGACCUGGACGAGAUCAUAGCGAGGCACGUGCAGCCCAUGGCCGGCUACGCCCGGGACCUGACGAGCUUCCGCUACUUCCGGGAGGCCGAGGGGGGCAAGCGGGAGGUCCUGGAGAAGCUGCUGGCCGAGGAGAAGAAGCGCAACCCGUCCAAGAUCCACUACGUCGUCUCUUCCUGCCGGGAGUUCCCGGGGAAGUUCCUGCUCUCCUACCUGCCCAGGGUCAAGGCGCGGCACGAGUACAUCACGGUGACACCCGACGGUUACCGCUACCGGCAGCAGAUGUUCCACUCGGUGGGGUCCCUGUUCCGCUGGUUCAAGGAGCACUUCCGGGACCCUGUGCCGGGCACACCGGGCAGCGCCACCAACGCUCGCACCCCAAUGGGCCAGUCUUCGUACAUCGGAGCAACGCCAAGCAUCAACAUAUCGAACGUGGACCCCCAGGCCAUCCAGCGAGCAGCGGCCAACAUUCCGAGUCACAUGUUUGCCUCCCUGUCCCAAGUGGCGGGGCAGACGCCUUCCUUCACCACCCCGUACGGGGGCACCUAUGCCAACGCCUACCCCUACCACCAGCCGUACACGCCGUCCCAGGCGGUGGCCACUCCGAUGGUGACGCCCUCGUACCACGCGGUGGCGACGCCGUCCCAGGCGGUGACGCCCCGCUACCCGCAGACGCCCCAGACCUCGUGGGGGACCCAGCACCCCACCACGCCCCGCGGGGCGCACACCCCGAGGCACACCCCGUCCGCCAUCCCCGUCAUGCAGGCCAACCCCAUCCCCACCGUGGUCUCGUCCGGUCCAAAGAUGCCGGCAAACCCGUCGGCGGCGGACUGGAAGCGCAUGGCGGAGCAGUGGGCGAAACAGCGGCGCGAGCAAGAAGCUCCGGGGCGGGCCGGCGGAGGCGCCCGCACGCCCCGCACCCCGACCCGCGCCUCUCCGAGCCCCAUGGUGGAGUCGACGCCCCAGGGAGACGCGACUCCGCUCAUCGACGAGCAGUAGGAGACGGAUCACUGGCUCCAGCGAGACGACAGGAAUGCCGACAAGGAUGACAACCAAUUGAGUGUGCCCUUUAGCCGGGAAAGAGCGUCUUUGGCAUCGCCGAGAUCGCCAUUCCUGCAGCCACUCCUAAAUCCGGCCCGCUUUGUGUCGGUGGAAUCUUUGAUUUGAUCGGGAUGUCGAAGGAGAUUAGAAAGUGUGGGGACUAAUUACUGUGACUGACGGUAAUGGGCUACGAGUACUUGACGUCCCCCCCCGACGGCCGCUUCCAAAUGUUUGAGGGUUGGGGAGUCCAGGCUCAUUUCAGCCUUUGAGUCAAAGUAAGAACGAAUUCUCAAACACCUUUUGGGCCGAUGGCUGCCCUUAAAUAUGCCGCAAAUUACCGCUUCGUGUCAGCGGAGGAGAGGUGGAAGUUUUCUUCGUCAGUUAUAGUGUUCAUUGCUUGUUUUCUUUUUGGUUCUGCAAGUGUGCUCAAUUGGAAGGGCACGGUUGAGUUUUCAGUCGGUAAACAUUUUUGUUUCAAAAUGUGCGAUUGCACUUUGAGUCCUACGCUCGUUUGGGGAUAUUUUGAAGACUAGCUCUUGUGUGGGGAAAAUGGAGAGAAGAGGUGACAAUGCUAGGAGAAAUGGAGAGGCAUUUUGAGUAUGAGGCAAUUAUAUAUUUUUGAAGGGCCGUAAUGUGGCUUGUCCCACUUUGAUGCAAGAGAUGUGUCCUUGUGUGUUCUUGCAUAGUGAUGGACCAAGCUGUGGCUGCACUUUCCUGCUCUUGAAUGUUCCGAGGUAGCAAAGGCACACCUGUUUGUGAUGUUGCGUUAUGACCCGCAGACUUGAAAAGUGGAUGUAUCUUACGGCACUGUUCAGUUCUUUCAAAUGGAAACAGCUCGAAAUAUGUCCUUGGAUGAACUCCAACUCUUAUCACGAGUGUGUGAUGUCGUCGAAAUCGUAGGAAUGUGCACAUUUGGCAGAUCACUCUGCAGCAACCUCGUUAACAUGUUGCAAAAACUGUGCUGAUAGGCUGAAACCUGCCUUGUAAAUAUGAAUUUCAUACAUGCAGUAUUUAAGCUAUGUGACAUUUCUUCCUAUCCCUUAGCGAUAGGAGUUCUUUCGGAAAUAAAUGUCUUUAAACUCGA